UUUGUUGGACACAGCUGUUUUGUACGAGAAUGAAAAAGAAGUUGGUGAAGGAAUACGGAAAUCAGGAAUAAAUAGAAAAGAUGUUUUUGUUGUUACAAAGAUUGGUCCGUAUGCCAAGAAGCAUGGUUAUGAUCAGGCUAUUAAUGGUGUUAAGACGAGUUUAGAGAGUUUAGGCACAGGUYACAUWGACCUUAUGCUCAUUCAUACUCCAACACCAGGAAAACUCUUAGCAACUUACGAUGGACUAUUAAAGAUGAAAGAAGAAGGACUUGUCAGAUCUGUUGGUGUGUCCAAUUUUGGUGUUCAUCACCUUGAGGAACUGCGUAAAGCUGGAAAACCAACACCAGCUGUCAAUCAAAUUGAAUUAAACUGCUUCUGGCGCAAGGAAGAUAUUGUGGAGUAUUGUCAUAAACAUGACAUAGCAGUAAUGGGWUAUAGCCCAUUAUUCCGAAAUAGAAAGUCUGAUGAUCCAGUACUUGUUGAAAUGUCUAAAAG